AUGCUCCUAACUUUUGUUGCAUCAGGGGUAAACUUGUCAAAUUCCAUGAACUUCACCAUCGUCAAUAACUGCCAUGAAACCAUAUGGCCUGGUAUAACAUCCACCAAUACCACCCUCUCUGGUGGCGGUUUCACCCUCAAACCAGGUGAAACCGCCACCUACUCCCCCCCACAAGGAUGGGGCGGCCGUAUAUGGGGUCGAACCGGAUGCAGUUUCGACAAAAACGGCAAUGGCACGUGCCAGACGGGAGCAUGCGGUUCGACACUGACCUGCACGACCCCAGGGACCCCGCCUGCCUCGAUUGCCGAAUUUACUUUUGGUGACAUCACUUUUUAUGACGUUAGCCUUGUAGAUGGCUUCAACCUGCCACUCACAGUUACACCUAUUGAAGGCAAAGGAGACUGCAGCGUCGCUGGCUGUGGCACUGAUCUCAGGGCUAACUGCCCAUCGGAGCUAGCUUUCCGGUCGUCCGGAAAAAUCGUCGCCUGCCGGAGCGCCUGCAAUGUUUUCGACUCCGACCAGUACUGUUGUAAGGGAGUUUACGAUAAUCCCGUCACAUGUAUGCCGACAAAUUACUCAAGAGUCUUCAAAACGGCAUGCCCUUUGGCAUAUAGCUAUGCUUACGAUGAUCCCACGAGCAUCAUAACAUGUUCCACCACAGAUUUUGUGGUAUCAUUUUGUUCACCAAGGAAUGAGACGCAACAGUGCUCGUAUCACGACAACAGACGUGUGUGUAACGGGUCAACAGAGUCAAAGCCGAUAAGUUAUCUAUGGCUGGUUUUCGUACUCUUUUGGCCGAUAGUGAUUCAAAUUUGAAUUAUAUCCUGAUGU